GAAGGAUAUGCGGUUGGUUGAAUUUUCAAAAUAUCUUGUAGCACGGGUGUAAAGAUUUGGCCUCGGUUAGAGGUUUUGCGCAGCUGCGCAAAACGGUCCAAGGAACGUCACCACACCUCAACUAAGCUUGCCUCAGAAACAGAAAAAAGAAUUUCCACAAAGAUAUUGAGCCUCCUGAAUUAUUCUUCAUCUGUUAAUUUCCGCCUAUCUCUCCCACUACUCGUUGCAAAUAUUCGUCCUAUACAAGAAGCACUCAGCUGUCGUUACAAUUACGUGUCUGUCGCAAACUAACCCCCCAAGACAGUGGGGAAGGAGACAAUGGCCAAAGAAGGAAGAACUCCCGGGCUAAAGAGUUCCAAACGUUACGAACCGGAUCGACACUGGCUACGCCAAUUCAUUAACUCUCCUGAUCCCAACCAGACUUUUGAGCGUCUUUUGGCCGAGCCUAACUCCGAAGGCUCAUCCUCCCCGCGAAACCAUAUUCAAAAGUCACUUGCAGAAUUCGACGCGUCUUUCUUUGGAGAACCUGCCAACAAUCAGGUUCAAUCAAGUCAGACGAGAACAGUACUACAGGCGAGUACGCCGCUACUACAACGUAGUCCACUGGCGCCCAGCCCAGAAACAGUCAAAUUGAAUGUUGUUACUGUAUCAGUCCCUCCUGCUGUUGCCUUAUUGGGCAAUGUCGACGAUCAAUAUGGCUCGCAAUCAACGACCAAACCUUUGGGCCAGGAAAGCGAAACUCAUUUCAAACCGCUGACGACAAGAACCAAAGAGCACACGACGGUUGACGUUGAGACUGCCGAUACGGCAAGUGGACCAAGGAUUACUGCAGGAUCGACACAAAAUGUGACCCACAUGAUCAAGACUGAAGCAACCGAGAAAUUUGGCCCUACUGUGUCUCCUGUACCAGCUACUAUAGCUGCCCUUGAGGUCGUUGACUCAAGUAGACUUUCUCCUAAUCCGAUCCUUCGCAGCCCUGACAAGGAAGAUGGCUCUAUUAAUAAGGCAGAAUUUCCAACCAUAUCAACCGAGUCUUUGGUGCCACGCCCCUCAGACAACAAGCGUACCUCAUAUUCGCAAAUACCAAAACGACCAAAUGCAAAUCAAGUGACUAGAGCAUCAGACAUGACUGCGCAAUCCACGAGUAAAUAUGCUAUUCGCCAGGCCAGUCCAACGAUGCAGAAAAACAGGGAACUUGUUGUGGCAUUGAUCGCCUAUGUAACAGAAUUGCUGCGAUCAAAGUCGUCAGAUUUGGACGUACCCACAGUAACUCAAGCAGAGAAAACAACCACAAAUCUGGCUUCCUCGCCAUCAAAGCCAGCAAGUUCAAGAGGUCAGCCUGAUGUGACAAAAGAUUUGCGAUCGAAAGGAUAUAGGGGAACGUCUAAGAAGAGAAAGACGCAGAUAAGCUCAGAGGAUGAGGACGCGAGCGACAGUUGUGGACAAGAGAAACCUGUAUUAACUUCUCGAAAAGGUAAAGAAACAAUGAAGAGGAGGUUCGCUUGUCCUUACUUCAAACAUAACCCAGCAAAGUAUGGCGGUCGCCGUUACUGCUGUGGCCCAGGCUGGCCCGAUAUUCACAGACUAAAGUUUGUUCAAAAGAUCCGCUCUUCACAUCAAACGUGUCUGACAAUGUGAUAGAGAGCAUCUAUAUCGACAACACACUCAACCAAAGCAUGUGUGUAAGCGAUGUUGGCAGGUUUUGACGACUGAAAAGGACCUAGAACAUCAUCAGCGACAGGUCAUACCAUGCCCGAUUCAAUCAACAAAGAUAUUGGAUGGUUUCGAUACUUCACAAGAGACACUGCUUCGCUCAAGAAAUCAAGAUUUCACGAAACUGCAAGAAAUUGAGAAGUGGCGACGCGUUUAUAAGAUCCUAUUCCCGUGUA